AUGUCUACCACAGCAGAUGGUAGUUAUGUUUCUUUUCUUUUUCAUGGUGAUGUAUUUCCCUCUUCCAAAUCACUUUUAGACCAAGUUGUCGAUGAAAUUGUUUCUAUACUCAAGAAGGAAGCUGAAGAAGGGAACAAAAAAAGCACAAGUAAAGAAAGAUCUGCUGCUGAAAAACUCAAUCAAGUAAGCAAUUUAUCGCGGCAAUAUGUUGCUAAAGAUGGUAUGUUAAUUAUUUUACUUUUUAGAAGUAUUACAAUCGAGCAUACAGGUAAUCUAGAGGCAACAACGGUGUAUCGUGAAAAAUUGUGA